AUGUCGUUCUUCUCCAACCGCCCUCGUGCCGGCCGGCAUGAUGCCGAGCCUGAACAGCCUCGAGUUCCACGCACUCAGGCUAGUGAUUUGCCCAAGCCGACUCAGGUAACCCUUCUGAACAUCCAGAAGCUGAGGCCAGAGUCUAGCCUCACAGUCUGGGGCAAUGAGGUCCUUCAUGCCUUGCGACCUCUCAAGCUCGAUGCACUUGUGGACAGUGGUCUUCCGAAGCCCCACCCAGGGGACGAUGACUACAAAAAAUGGAAGUUCUGGACACUCGCUGUUUCUAGCUGGCUGUACAAUCAGGUGGAUGCCUCGCUCCAACUCAAAGUGAAGGAACACCCAAACGAGAUCACCUACGCCGAUGAAAUGUUCAGCACGAUCAGAUGGCUGAGUCUGCCCCACCAGUCGAAGUUCCUUGAGCGCGAGCUGAGGAAGUGGGAGGAAAUCAAACGUGGUACCUUCCCCACGGCUGCGGACUUUAUCAUGGCCUACCAGAACCAACAGAGAACCAUGCGCCCCCCCUGCGACUUUGCGCUUGGCCGACUCUUGAACGAGCUGCGCGGAGAGGUCUUGAAGGCUCCCUACAUUCAAGAGGAGGUGAAGGAUUUGGGACGCCCCGUCGACUAUCAGCUGUUCGUCUACUACUGCAAGGUCCUGGUCAAUGAAUCCCGCAAGCCCAGCAUUUCGGCUGCUGAGUCUUCCAACAUGGGAGAUGACGGAGAAGGGCGAGGCCGAAGCCAUGGACGGGACAUCUCUUACCGCGGCUGGAGACAAAGCACCAAAGGACGCGGCCCGGCAUGGGAGUAG